AUGGGUCUUUAUAUGGAUAUUUCUCAUUUGCUAGCAAGUGUCUUUAAGAACAUGUAUACCUCAGAGGUGAUAGGAGUGGACACCGUGGAGAAUAUGAUCAAGUCCCGUGGCGGAGACAAUGUCCAUCAUGAGGAGUUCGUUAAAGAGUUACAAAAGGUCAGGAAGAAAUACAAAGACGAAUUGGCAGAAGCAGAUAUGCUAGAAAGGCACAUCAUCCAAGCCAGGGCUCGGGCCACAGCAGAAGAGGAAAGGAUCCUGAAUGAAUACAAAGAUGACGUUCCAGAAGGUUACCGUCACAUUGCGUUGCCACCGGUAAAGUCUACCUUCAGAUGGUGCGUGGAUGAUGAACUUCUGGAAAAGCAUAAUUUAAUCAGCCCGAAGGAUUACAUCACAGAUCCAGAGCUCAUUACUCGGGCACCAAAAGAAAUAUCCGAGCCUGGCUACUUGAAAGAAAUCGAGAGUUUUCAACACCAUAUUUCUGACAAUUCAAUGUCUACCAAACUGAAAGAAAGUCCACACAUUAAGAAACUACAAGAAAGUUUUCCAGAUGUGUCUUUAUCUAGCUUUACCAUGGAGUCUUCAACUACUGAUGUUCCAAGUCGUAUUAAAAAAUCAUUCAUUAAGAAGAAAGCUACCCUCUUCCAAAAACCUAUUUGGAUGAGUAGCAUGUCCAGAGCUGAAAGGCAAAAAGACCGCGCUUACCUGCAGAGGCUUGACGAACGCCAUAACUUCUUGAAAAACCCGCGCUACUUCUCACCCAACUCUGAUCGUGGAGGACGGUCCUUGAUUCUGCCUCAAAAGAGGGUGCAGCGUAUGGUCGCAGGAAGAAAAAAGAUGGUGGUUCUUGAAAGCGAUUCCCACUCUGUGCCUAUUUUCCUAGCAAACCCACCAGAAGUCGUGUUUUCUUAUUAUGAAGUUGGCCAGGUUUAUGAGAUGACUGUAGAGUUACAGAACAUGACCUCAACCUCUCAGUGUAUCAGAAUAAUUCCUCCGGCUACAUCAGCCUUUUCUAUUGGGUUGGGAAAAUUUCCAGGAGAAGGAGGACUUAUUGCUCCGGGAAUGAGCUGUUACCAUGAAGUUCAGUUCAUUCCUGAAUACCUGUCGGAUUAUGAUGAUUAUAUCCUGGUAGAGUCGCAGGCGCCAUAUCCGUUCUUCAUCCCUUUGAAAGGUAGAAGACCGCCUCCUGUUUUGACACUGCCUUCCACCUUGGACUGUGGUGCCUGCCUCGUAGGCGGAGUAAAAUUUACACAAUUUCCUUGCAAAAACGAAGGUUCCAGCACUGGGAAGUUUUGCAUCAUGCCAAAGGGCAUCUGGCCACCCCCUAACUUCCGGGCUGUUGCCACUUUUGGUUAUGUGGAGCAAGACGUAUUUGGGAUUCAUCCAGCAGUAUUUGAGCUAGCUCCUGGCCAGUCGACAGUAAUUGAGGUUGUCUUCAUGCCCAUUUUACCCGAAACCUUUACAGUGACGUACCUCAUGGUUUGUGACAAUUGCCAGAUCAACGAGAUUACGGUGACAGGUCUAGGGCAGCUGAUAGCUUUGGAACUGUUCUCUGUCACUGGUGGAGAAAGCCAUCCCCUUCCUGGUGAACUUACCGAUGUGACAGCUCAGCAUCUCAUUCGAUUUGAUUCUCUGAACCCCUAUUCUGUAGCAGAGAAGAUUCUGGUUCUUAGAAAUAUGACGUACGCUCCGGAGAGCCGUGAGCCUGGCAGGGAUGCCCUUGCGGCACCCCCGGGAGGCUGGAUCCCCGUUCGUCAGAACCGCGGAUACAGAAACCGCCAUUUUGGACCCCCUUAUCCACAAAAAAAUUACAAGAUGGCGGAUCGGCUCCGUUUCAAUUUUGUAUUUUUCUACAACUAA